CCAGCUAUUUUGCACCUAGGCAUGGCUCUCAAACUUCAACACACAAAACUACAGCAUCACAUUCAAAUUCUGAACCAGUAGCUGUACCCAAAGUUACUUUGAAUUUGAUUGAGUGCAAUAGAAAAUAUUUGGCCUGGGGAGGAGUUGACAUUGGUAACUCAGUGACCAAGUCUUUUGUUAUUAGAAAUGCGUCAAGUAGUGCUUUGCAAGCAAAAUUAUUUGUUAAAGAAAAUUCUCACAGUUUUCAGCUUUUAGAUAAUUCUGAUCUCAAAACAAGCUGUAUGACGAUUGGAAUGGAUCCGGGUGAGGAGAAAAGCAUUGAUGUUGCUUUCAAGCCUGUCCAAAUUGCUAAUUUUUCUGGCCUUCUAGCUGUUAGACCUAUAAUUAGGAAUGAAAAGAAAGUUUUUUCUAUACCAUUAAGUGGCUAUGGUGGAAUUAGCAACGUGAAAGUCUUAGGACUACCUGAUCGGAAAGGUGUUGGUUAUUAUCUGGAUAUAGGAGUUCCUACUCAUGGUAAAAAUGUGAUGGAGCAGUUUAUGAUUCAAAAUAUGGGAUCCCGUGCUGCAUUUGUGAAAAUUUUUCUCUCUGCAGAUGGCUUUACUCCACACUGUACACAGAAUGUAAUUUCAAUUCAUCCAUCUGAAUUUGUUUUAUUAGAAAAUGAAAGAAAGGACAUUCUUGUUUCAUUCAACUGUACGAAAGAACGCUUCACUGGUGAUUAUGGUGUCAUUUCUAUCAUAUAUGGUGAUGAAAUUAUGCGUCAAAGACUUAGAGCAAUUAAAGAUUCUAAACCCAAAGAGACAUUAAAUGAUUCAGUGCAGGAUGUUAACUUUGAUGUAUAUUAUGAGGGAGAAAAGCAAGUGCCUUGUGAUUUAAACUAUACUCCUUCUGUAAGAGAUGUUAGACUUUUUCAUUCAAGCUUAAGAAAGGUUAUGAUACAUCUAUUUAUAAAUGGUCAAGACGUGAGCUUUAGUAGGGUGUCUUUUGAUGCUUUGUCCAUUAUGCAAGAAAGCUGUACAGAUCUUACUUUAAACUCCACAGCAUAUUCAAGGACGAGCAGCAUUCAUGUUCAUUCUCCACCAGUGAAAGACAAACCUGAGAGUAAAACAAACAGACCAUCUAUAGCACAUGCCCCUUCAGAAGAAGUAAUUACUUCUUGCAAAUCCCUAUUUGAAGUUAAAGAAAAUGGGAACAAUCUCUGGAGUUUAGUGCCUGAAACAAUUUCCUUCAAUGCCAAAAAGAGGAACUGCCAAGUUACUGUGUUCAACCAUUCUAAUUAUGAUUUGCAAUUUUAUGUGGAGUGUUCAUUAGAUUUUGUAUGCAUUUCGCCUGUUAUGAAAAUCUUGGGACCUAGAAGCAGUAUCACUUUAGAAGUAACUGUUUCUGAACAUAGUUUUGAUGCAUUUACUGAAGACAAAUUAGGAUUCCUAUCUGUUUUUUCAAGUGGCCAAAAAAAGAUGGUUGCAAUAGAAAUUUUUAAAAAGUCUCUGUCAGCUAUAGAAUGCCAGACAGCUGCUGAUGUGUCUUUAAAGAGUGAAUUUCUGGGAGACUCUUUAUGUGCAGAGUCUUCAAGCCCUAUAUUUGUAGAAAAUAUCUUUAACUUUCCAAAGCAUAUCAAUCUACUUAAAACAAGUCCAAGAAUCUUAUCUGAAACCCACUUAACUGUGCAGAAUCCUAACCGGGACAUCAUUAAGUGGGAUAUCCAUCCAACUACCAUGGUUUUUUCUAAGUUGGAUGAUUCUGUUGCAGACACAAGUAAAAUCAUUCAAAUUCCGACAUCCACUGGUUAUCUGAAACCUAUGCAAUCAGCACAUAUAGUUAUUCAGUUUUUGCCUCCUGAGGAGGGUACUUACUCCCAAUUUUUUGAAAUUUGCUGCUUCUGUGAAAACAACUGCACGAGGAAAUGCAAUGUCAAAAUUGAAGGAGAGGCCAUUUUGCCUGCAACAGGUAAAAGUAAUGAAACAGAACGCUUAGAAAUAUCUAGGAGUGAAAAUGCUGAAUCUGCCAAGAGUUAUAACGCAAUUGCCAUUGACUCUGAAAAGUGUGAAUUUCCACCAACUCUUUCUGGAAAAAGUUCUACAUUGUAUGUCACUAUGAAGAAUUUUUCUGCGCAAGAUAUUAAGCUGGAUAUUGUAAAACCCAAUCUGCCUUUCAGAAUAACUCAUUCAUCUGUUACAAUCAAAUCUAGAAAACUUCUCAAAAUUCCACUGUACUUUAAGCCACAAACAUCUGGCUCUCUGUAUGAAGACAAGAUAGUGAUGACUUCUGCAUCAGGGCAUGAGUUUAAAAUUGAAUUAAAAGGCUCCUCAUUGUGAUAUUGUGUAAAAAUGUAAAUACUUGCAUAUAUUUCUAUAAAAUUUUCACUAUGUAUUUUAUACAUAUAUAUAUAUA